AUGUUCCAACUAUGGAGAUGGCCUAUUGAUCGCAUUGUUAUCGGAGCGCAACAAUGUUGUCCACCGUGUCAAUACGACGUAGAUUUCAUAUUCAUCGACGGUUCUACUUUUCCAUAUGAUGAUGUCACUUCUUCGUCACCAUUUCACUUCGGCCCUCUUGAUGACAACAGCCUGGGAUUCCCAAGUGAAGAAACUCCAAUACUGCCAUGCUACGACGCAACAGUUGAAGGGUAUAAAAAUGGAGCCGUCGUGGCCGCAGUUCUCGGCCUUGGUGUCGGAUGUGUUGCGUUAGAAGACAUGACGUCGAUGAGUAGUACUGAAGAGUCGGAUGGGGAACAAAUUGCUGCUCACGAUGACAUUUUCGAGGAAGAAGUCCAGAUUUCAGGGCGAUAA